UGGCGCUCGACGACACGAUAAAAACUCUAGCUCGCCUGAUUUUGGUCGACGACCUACGAUUACGAUUACUUGCAGAGGACAUAGGAUUGCCCAUAGCUGGCCUCGGUGUCAUCCAAAAUGCCCACCCGAGUCGAAAGAAUGCCAUCUGAGCAACGGCACCAUCCGCACCACGACAAAGUGCGCAUCCACGACCCACACCAGCCCAACCCCCAAUGGGUGCACAAAGAGGCUCUGAGGGUCGCCAUUGGGAGUAUUCUAGCUCCUAAACGCCCACCUUCCAACUUCCCACCGAACUCUCGGUCAACGUCGGGCACAGCGAGCCCGUACUACUCGUUCCCAACGUCUGGCGCGCACACCCCUGGGUCGGGGACACCUGCGAACGCUGGACUCGGUGGGAUCCCUCAUGGCGAGUACCUGCACCCCCACCACGCCUUCCUGCAAGCAGGCCAUCAUAGCAAUCACCCCCAUUCUACGCACCCUCACACGCCCUCCAGGCUAUCCCAUUCGUCGCACCACUCGCCUCAAGGGGGUUCUUCGCGUGCAUCGCCUACUGGGACUAAGCCUCCUGUCGAGAUCGGACUUCCUGAGCAUGCUGCGCAACAGCAACAGCAGCAGCCGCAUCUCCAAAUCCCAGUGGUACGUCCGACACACCAUAACGAAAACGCUGCGCCUCAGGGAGGUGCGGCGGCGAGGAGCAACGCGGUAGUGGCGAAUGGCCAUGGGAAUGUCGCGCAGCCUCGUCCGAUAGUGACACCGCUGCAGCCUAUGUGCGGCGGGAAUGCGCGGUCGAGUUCGUUGCCCGCGGACGUACCCGAUGCCAAUGGACGCGGUUUGCCUGGGGAGCCUCCGUCUCCACCGCACACCGGUGGACGAGGAACUCCCCGAGCCAAGUUUAUCGAAAAGCUCCAAAGCAAGAGCGCUUGGGACGCCCUUAUCCACGGGUCGUUCUCGUGAGCAGUCUUACUAUUGAUGAGUGAGUCUCGGUCUCGACCUUACCGUUUUGCCUCUCUCCCUCCGGCCUUUGAACAUCUUAAUUCGAAUCGACAACAGAGUCGACAACAUUUGUGUUCUUUUUCUGCUACAUCUUCGAGAUCCUGGUACAGGGCUGUUACAUCUAUCUAUCUAUGACAAGCGGUAGACAUAGGCCUUUAUGGGCUUCCCAGUUCUGUUGUACUAAUUCUAAUCAGGGGCGACACUUGGGAAGGCUGGCACUCCUACUGGUCUUCCCAGA